UUCACAGAGAAGGGGUGGGAUAAACAGUGUAGUGGUUUGGGAGUGUUUGUUGCUGCAUUUCCUCUCUUUGACCGUUACCAAUUGUACCUUUAACAGAAAACGUAACUUUAUAUUACUUCCAGCAAAAAUAGCCAACUUUUCCAGGUUUGCAUCUUAGUCUACACUACAGCUCGGAUUGUUCGGCUCCGAAUCAGAGGAAUAUACUUUCCGAUAUACGCGUGGAAAGUUUUAUUGAGUUCUAGGGUUUUAGGCGAUCAUUAGUUCAUUUCAAUUAAUGUUUAGAUUUGUUUUAUAAACUAGCUAGUAAAGAAUGGGACGCACUGUAGCCUACAUCACAAUCCAGCAGUCCUCCUAUGAUGACGUCACGGGUUAAAGUUCUACCAAUACUGAUAGCUACAAACUGAAACAGGAAAAACAACACAGAGAGGUGUAAUGAAAGACCGGUAGAACAAAAAAAAAGGAAAAUUUUCUCUGAACAAGACAUAAGGAUCUAGUCAUUUUGGAUCACGGAUGAAGAAUGGCUGGGGUAUUCGACAUUGACCUGGAGUCGGAGGACGUCAGUGAUGCAGAGGAGGAAGUGUGUAAUAUUUAUGUGGAAGAAACCGAUCCUGCACAGACAGAAGAAGUGGAGCUGACUGGGGCCUGUGUGAACAGAGGCAGUGAGCUGGUUGGCCCAGAAUGCUUUGAGCUGCUGACUGUGCUGGGGAAAGGAGGCUAUGGCAAGGUUUUCCAAGUAAGAAAAGUCCAAGGAUCUCAGACUGGCAAGAUAUUUGCCAUGAAAGUCUUGAGAAAGGCAAAGAUCAUAUGCAAUGCGAAGGACACCGCGCACACACGAGCAGAGAGGGAGAUCCUGGAGACGGUGAGACACCCCUUCAUUGUGGACCUCCUGUAUGCCUUCCAGACUGGUGGCAAACUCUACCUCAUCCUGGAGUGUCUCAGUGGUGGGGAGCUGUUUAUGCAGCUGGAGAAAGAGGGGAUAUUUAUGGAGGACACAGCCUGCUUCUAUCUGGGGGAGAUUACCAUGGCUCUGGGACACCUCCACUCCAAUGGCAUCAUAUACAGAGACCUUAAACCAGAGAACAUCAUGCUCAACCACCAAGGACACAUCAAGCUGACAGAUUUUGGCCUGUGCAAGGAGUCAAUUCAUGACGGAGCAGUCACACACACCUUCUGUGGGACCAUUGAGUACAUGGCUCCUGAGAUCCUGAUGCGCUCCGGACACAACCGGGCGGUGGACUGGUGGAGCCUGGGUGCCCUGAUGUUCGACAUGAUGACUGGAUCGCCGCCCUUCACAGCUGAAAACAGGAAGAAGACGAUCGAUAAGAUCCUCAAGUGUAAACUCAGCCUGCCGCCCUACCUCACGCCGGAUGCUAGGGACAUGAUCAAGAAGUUGUUAAAGAAGAAUUCUGCUCAGAGACUGGGCUCCAGUAAGGCAGACUGUGCUGAUAUACAGAAGCAUCCCUUCUUCCGACACAUCAACUGGGAUGACCUGCUGAAUAAACGAGUGGAGCCACCCUACAAGCCCUGUCUGCAGUCGGAUGAGGACGUGAGUCAGUUCGACAGCCGCUUCACCCGACAGACGCCGGUGGACAGCCCGGACGACAGCUCUCUGGGCCACAGCGCUGACCAUGCCUUCGCUGGCUUCACCUAUGUGGCUCCCUCCGUGCUGGAGAGUCUGAAGGAAGGCUUCUCCUUCGAACCCAGGACCCGGCCCGUCCGCCGGCUCAACAGCAGCCCUCGCACGCCCAUCAGUCCCCUCAAGUUCUCUCUGGCAGAGCCCUUCAAGGCCAGUGGUGAGGGGGAGGCGGAGCUUCCUGUACCGGCCAAGCCCCUGCCCUCUGAAAACUGUGCCACCCAGCCAAUCAGGACCCCCGGCCGGACCAAGAAGAAAGGACACAGAAGUGGGAGAUGAAUGCUGAUUGGCUGAAAUGUAAUCCUUUUCUCAGGGGCCUUGUGUUUCUCGCUGUUUGUACCGCUGUGACAUUCUCAUGAACUUUCAGUCGGAAAGUCUGCUCAAAUGCGCAACUGCUCUGGCAAGAGAAUGGGUUUCGCCAAAAAAUGUUUUCCUCUCAUUUUGUAAAAAAAAAACAGUGAGAUGUACAUAUGAUGAGAGAUUCAUUGAUCUACCAACAACAAGCAACAAUGAUGACUAAUUAAGAAGAAAAAAGUUGGUCUUACCUAAACUUUAUCUAUAUAUGAAAAACUUAAACUGAUUUCCUCUGCUUGCAAUCUCCCCUUCUUGACACCUGUGAUGACAUUUCAGAAAGCAGUUCCUCUAAUGGACGCCCAGUACAGGAGAUCAGGAGGCAGUGUGCAGAAUAUUAACAUUUUUAUUAUUGUGCAGCACAGACAGGUAUUUUUAUUGAGACAGGGUAACACAGGGUAACUGGGCUAACCUGCUAUAGCAGUUUGCUCUCUGAGAGAAGUCAGUCCUGUUAGUGGGCGUGGAUAACCCGAACUAAAUUGUAUCCAAAAACUAAAAACAUUGCAAAUUAUUGUUUAACAGACUGCUGAUGUUUUGCAGAAGUGAUGCGAAAUAUAUUAGAGAAUCAUGAAAAAAAGAUAUAUUUUCUUGUUUCUAAAAUAAGGGGAGGGUGUCUUGUGGUUGCAGGGGAAAGAAUAGCAUGUCUGCUGUAGUUGGCAUGCAGUUCACAGUGCUGUGGUUGGCUUAUGAAGUGAAGAAUCUGGUAUAAGGAGAGGGGAUUAAGGGAUACUGUUCCGUAGUUCUCUCAAAUGUGAUGAACUACAUUAUUUUCCUGUGAUGUCCUGCCUCACUUCAGGUGGAGGGUUUGGUGUAAACAAUGAUUCUGCAUUCACUACAGGGUCUAUCCUGUUUUCUGAUUAUCAAUAUGUAUUUAAGUUGUUAUUGACUCAGUAUUAAUAAUAAAAAUAAUAAUAUUAAUAAUAUUAAUAAUAUUACUAAUAUUUAUAUAAUAAUAUUAUAUAAAUAUAAAUUAUAUGGCUCAUGGAGUUGCACUGUUACAAUAGAUAUUGGAUAUUGAAUAUUGACCUUCAUUCAUUUCAGUUGUAAACAUACCAGUUGUCAAAUACUUAAAUAAUUCAGCUCUUACUGAAUAAAUCCUUGAAUUAUA